CAAAGAACUAAAGCUGUGGCUCCUCCUGCCCCCUCCUCGCAAACGGUCAGCACGGUAACAAUCGCUGCCUCUGCCUAUGAAGUGAAGAAUUUAGGACCAGAGCAGACCGUGCAUUUCAAAGGAAAAGAAAGAAUAUCUGGGAACGCUGCACAGCCCAGCAGAAACUUACUCUUCCUGACCUGAGCUUGUCGAAGCUACCCAAACUUGGAUUUCAAAGGAAGACUCUCUCAUUCUACCUGCCUGGUGCCUGGGGCCAGCUAGCCGUCAGAAUGCGCACGAACACAGUGGCCAUCGUGAUUCUUCUCUGCUUCUGCAGAGCUGCUGAGUCCCGCAGGACCGGCCCUGGCACUUUGAGAAGCCAGGUCAAUCCCAGCCGCAGCGACAGCCGGGCAGGUGGCGGCAGGAGAGGCAGCCCAGUCAAACGCUAUGCACCAGGUCUUCCCUGUGAUAUAUACACGUAUCUCCAUGAGAAAUACCUAGACUGCCAAGAAAGAAAGUUGGUUUACGUGUUACCCGACUGGCCUCAAGACUUGCUGCACAUGCUGUUAGCGAGAAACAAAAUCCGUGUGUUGAAAAACAACGCGUUCUCUAAGUUUAAGAGGCUGAAGAGCCUGGACUUGCAACAGAAUGAGAUCUCCAAAAUUGAGAGCGAGGCAUUCUUUGGCUUGAAUAAGCUCACCACCCUCUUGCUGCAGCACAACCAGCUCAAGGUGCUGACAGAGGAGGUGUUCAUUUACACCCCGCUCCUGAGCUACCUGCGUCUCUAUGACAACCCUUGGCAGUGCACCUGCGAGCUAGACACGCUCGUUGCGAUGCUGCAGGUCCCACGGAACCGGAAUCUGGGCAACUAUGCCAAGUGUGAAAGCCCACCAGCACUGAAGAAUAAAAAGUUGCUGCAGCUGAAGCCUGAUGAGUUGUGCAUCGAACAGGAGAGUGAGCAGCCGGACCCCAAGCCCCAAGUAUCAGGGAGACCCCCUGUCAUCAGGCCCGAGGCCGACUCCACCCUGUGCCACCAUUACGUGUUUCCCAUACAAACCCUGGACUGCAGGCAGAAAGAGUUGAAGAAGGUUCCGAGCAACAUCCCUCCAGACAUUGUCAAACUUGACAUGUCACACAACAAAAUCAGCCAGCUGCGACCCAAGGAGUUUGAAGACGUUCACGAACUAAAGAAGUUAAACCUGAGCAGCAAUGGCAUUGAAUUCAUAGAUCCUGCUGCCUUUUUAGGGCUCACACAUCUAGAAGAGCUUGACUUAUCAAACAACAGCCUACAGAACUUCGACUAUGGGGUGCUGGAAGAUCUGUAUUUUCUGAAACUCCUGUGGCUCAGAGACAACCCUUGGAGAUGCGACUACAGUAUCCACUACCUGUACUACUGGCUCAAGCACCACUAUAACGUCCAUUACAGCGGUCUGGAGUGCAAGACGCCCGAAGAGUACAAAGGUUGGUCUGUGGGGAAAUACGUUCGGAGCUACUACGAGGAAUGCCCCAAAGACAAGCUGCCGGCGUACCCUGAAGCCUUUGACCAGGACACAGAAGACGACGAAUGGGAAAAACUCCACCGAGAGCACACAGCCAAGAAGCACCGAGUGAGAAUCACCAUCGUGGGAUAGCUGGGACAAGCGGCACCGAGCUGGGCUGGCAUCAGAAACCAUGUUUACAUUUUCAUCGGCUGUGACUGCUUAGACAGGUUAUCCAGCUACAGAGGCUCCCUUUGACUACUUCCUAACUGUUAUUACGUUGUGUGAUCUUAGUAAUAUGGGGAAAUCUGCAUCCUGCUUCUCCACCCUCCUGUGGGCAGACUCUAAUCACAGGAUCCCACCGUGGCCCAGGACGGCUGGUGCAGGCCUGCAACCCCAACCCUCAAGCUGAAGUAGGAGGAUCAUGAUGCCAACCUGGGCUACAUAGCCAGAAACAGUGUCAAAAGAACCAAACUAUCCCGGCUAAUGAUACAGGGACUUGGGUCUUAAUAUGUCAUUAGAAUUUCAUAGUGUCUUGCAUAUGUUUUUGAUGGCUUUUUGAAAUAAAAGU